AAAUUGAUCUAUUACUUCCCGUGAAUCACAUCCACCAGGAAGUGCAGAAGAACAGUGACAGCUCGUGAAAACAGCCAGGACUGUGUUAACCUCCAGCUUAUCCAAACCCACAGAGUUUAACCGAGAAAUGUAAUUCUGUAUUAAAAUCGGGAUGUGAGGACUAUCUGUAGCACAAUGAUACCGAUUAGCUUUUGUUGUAUUUCGUGUUGUGUUCAUUUUUUUAUUUUUUGUCUUGAACGUGCACCCUCCAUAUAAUUUUGUUUUAAGUUCCGCAUUGAGACAAGAAGAUAUAUGCAUGUUUAAUUGAAGUGUACGCUCUCAAAAAACAAACGGUAUGUUUCAGAAGACCUCUUUUACCACCCUAAUAAUCGGGGUGUUUGUAGUUUAUGUGCUACACACUUGCUGGGUCAUGUAUGGAAUCGUUUACACCAAACCUUGUGAUGAAAGCAGCGGUGUACACUGUGUUACACCCUACCUUGCUAAGAAGCCCAGGCUUCAGCUCAGCAUUUACACAUCCUUGAAGGCUACAGGCGAUGGAAAUCCAAACCUAAUUUUGAACAUUGAAGACUUUGAUAUACAUUCCAAGUUUGAGAGGAAAGUAAAUGUUUCCAUACCAAAGAAGACCAGAAACAAUGGGACCUUGUACACAUAUGUGUUUGUCCACCAGGCUGGUGUCUCUCCGUGGCACGACAACAAGGAAGUACACCUUGUCGCCCAGUUGACCUCGUACAUGGUGCUCAAACCUCAGGAAGUCAACCUUAUCAGCGGAGAGGAUCCCACACAGCAGUCAGAACCACACAGAAAGACCACCAAUGUCCCCGACAAACCAGUUGCUCACUGGAGGUCGCGUCUCACUUUUAACAUCAUGGCUGAUGACUUCUCUUUUGAUGGAGAAUCUCUUCCGGGUGAUGUGCACCGCUACAUGAAGAUACUGCAAUAUGGAAAAAAAGUGCAAUAUCUGCCCAUACUGUUUGUCGACCUCCUGAGCAAUCGAGUGAAGGAUCUGAUGGUGAUAAACAGUUCUACAACAGAAUUACCUCUCACAGUUUCCUAUGAUACAAUUUCACUGGGAAAACUCAGAUUCUGGAUUCACAUGCAAGAUGCUGUCUAUUCAUUGCAACAGUUUGGUUUCACAGAAAAGGAUGCAGAUGAAAUUAAAGGGAUCUUCGUAGACACUAACCUCUACUUCUUGGCUCUGACAUUCUUUGUGGCAGCUUUUCAUCUACUAUUUGAUUUCCUUGCCUUCAAAAAUGAUAUCAGCUUCUGGAAGAAAAAAAAGAGCAUGGUUGGCAUGUCCAGCAAAGCAGUGCUUUGGAGAUGUUUCAGUACCAUUGUCAUCUUCCUCUACCUGUUGGAUGAACAGACAAGUAUGCUGAUUCUCAUACCAGCAGGGGUCGGUUCAAUCAUAGAGGUCUGGAAAGUGAAGAAGGCUUUUAAGAUGCAAAUUCACUGGCAUGGCUUGAAACCGACAUUCAAGUUUGGAACAUCUGAUGAAUCUGAGAGAAGAACUGAGGCAUAUGACACCCAGGCAAUGAAAUAUUUAUCAUAUUUGCUCUAUCCUUUGUGUAUUGGAGGAGCAGGGUACUCGCUUGUGUAUGUAAAAUACAAAAGCUGGUACUCUUGGCUAAUCAACAGUCUUGUAAACGGGGUUUAUGCUUUUGGAUUCCUCUUCAUGUUACCGCAGCUCUUUGUUAAUUAUAAGUUCAAAUCUGUUGCCCAUUUGCCAUGGAAGGCAUUCAUGUACAAGGCAUUCAACACCUUCAUUGAUGAUGUCUUUGCCUUUAUUAUUACCAUGCCAACAUCACACAGGCUUGCCUGCUUCAGAGACGACGUGGUGUUUCUUGGUUACCUUUAUCAAAGAUGGCUUUACCCUGUGGAUAAAAGUCGAGUGAACGAAUAUGGACAGUCAUACGAUGAGAAGCCUAAAGGAAAACCCCACAAAGACUAAAGAAUUUGGUCUGAGGUUCUAGAUACACCAAUCUGUUGCUGGAGUGGAACCUUCUGGCUUCCACAGUUCAGAAGUGUAUUCAGAGGUAGAAUAUGUUUCUAAAACAAUGUAUCAAGCAGAUCCUGCAGCACAUCAAAGUACCUAUUCAGUUCCUGUAUGCUUCUAUUUGGCACUGGCAGGAGGUAUGAGGCUGCCCUGCUUGGUUGAGGGUUUAGUGGUUAGACAAUAAGAAUUUGCUUUGUGGGUCAAUAUUGACUCGGGAGAUCCCAUUGUUAGCCUACAGAGUCUACAGCUAUGGCCAAAAGUUUUGCAUCACCUAGAAUUUUAGGAUUGAGACAUAAUUAAAACAAA